AAAAAUUCUUUUAUUUACCAAUUUCUUGUUUAAUUUCAAAUAUAAUUGAACUCUGCAAGAAUAACAUUUAACAAGAGUCUUUUUUAAUAAGAUUGUGUUUUAUUUCAACUGUGUUUGAAGAUAAUUAUUUGCAGUUAUAAUAAAAUUGCGUAUCAAGUAUGGAUUCAAGAGGUACUGAUUACCAACUUACAAUAGUGAAUCGAUCUGUGGAACAUCGUAUUGGUAAAAGACUAAUUCGUGAAAUACCUUAUUUUGAAAAGAUACACCAUGAUUUGAAAGGAUCAAAGGAAAACAAAAUUGAACUGGAUUUCGAUGAACAGACUUUGGUAUCGUUUCUGAAUUGGAUUGAACUUGGCUAUAUCUUCAUGGAGAUGAAAAAUAUAAUGCAUAUGUGCAACAUAGCUGAUUAUUUUGUACUAAAAAGUGUUAUAAAUAACAUUGAAAUUUACUUUCAUAAUAACUUUAAAAUUGAACAUCUUCCAAUUGUUUUACCUCAAGUGACUACAACAUCUAAACUGAUCAAUUCUGGUGCUUUAAAUGCCUUCUUAUGUCGUCAUUUCUCAAAAAUAGCAAACACAACUGUUUGGUUGGAUUAUCCUGUUGAAAUAAUCAAAUACAUAUGUAAUUUGGAAGUGAUGGUACAUUCAGAAAUCCAAGUUUUUGAGGCAAUUUAUAGAUGGAUGAAACACAAUCCUGAGUCUAGAAAGUGUUACCUUGAUGGAUUGUUAAAUCAUGUCCGAUGGUGCCAUUUGGAAGCUAAGGAUUUGGCUUUAAUUGAGGAAAAUGAAUUUUUUAAGUCUUCAGGCUUCAAACCAAUAAUUUGUCCCUCAAGAAAGCUCAAUUGUGAUUGUGGCCUCAACCGAACUGAUCGAAAUUAUUUCAUUAUGAUUGAGAAAUUGGGUGAUUCAGUUUUGCGAAUAAAAGUGCUUGACAAUAAUCUUCUUCCGCUGUUCAAUCGCAUAAUGAAACCUGACGCAUCAUUGCCUUCACAUAUCUUACCAGAUCAACAUAUUUCUGAUAUAUCUUUUCAUUUCGGAAACCAGAUUAUUCGAGUUGAUUGGAAUCGUAAUAAAUACAAGUAUCUUUCGGCACAACACGAUUCUUAUUUCCAAAGAAUCUUUAAAUAUAUUUUUGAAAAAGACGGGCAUCACAUCGAAAAUUAUUGCGAUUGGAAUAGAUUUCUUGAAGCCAAUGAAAGAUGUAUUUUGAUUAAUUUUUGUUCCCAAUUGGCGCGGUAUUGGCCUAAACACACUGCCGAAGAUACUGAGAUUUUCUCAGAUAAAAACCACGCUAUCCUCGCAACUGUUCUGAAUAAUAAUAUUUACCUGUUGACUAAAAAACUUGAAUUUAUUCAGUCUGACAUCUAUUUCCAAAAACAUGUGACUUUAUAUAAAUAUAGCAAUAGACCAAAGACCGGAUCCAUAGACUACUCUGAUCAUUUCAUUCUUACUUCCAAGCAAUCUAAUGAUGAUAGAGUUAUUUUGAUUGAUACGCAUACAAAAGAUGCUCGCUGUUUCAAUGUCAGCACUAGAGAAUGGAGUUCAAUAAAUCAUAUAAUUUAUCCUGACUCUAAUGAACAGCAGGAAUCAUGUAGUCUGUUAACUUUCACCUCAGCAUUUAUAUCGAUGGACAUCAUAAGACUGUUCGCCUCAUUAAAAGUUUGAUAUGAUACAAGUCGCUGGAUUACUGAAGUGCGGAAUUCAUUAUUUAUAUCAUAAUUAUAUCAAUUGAAAACUUUUACUAAAUUUUUCCCUCCAUCAAAUUCAUCUCUUACUUAUGAAUAAAACAAUUCAUAUUCCAAUAGGGAUUGUGAUGAUCCAUAAAUAAAAAAAAUUCGAUAAAAUUGUUU